AUGGGAACGAUUGCGGGGCAGACGAAUGGCAUCGGCGUCGCGCCGGACGUCCAGUGGAUCGCUUGUGUGGGUUGCACCAGCACCACUUGUCCCCAAUCGGCGCUGACAGCGUGCGCACAAUGGAUGCUUUGUCCGACGAACUCGGCAGGGGUGCAGGACUGCACCAAGGCCCCCCGCGUGAUCAAUAACUCGUGGGGGUCGACCGAUGGGACGGCGACGUGGUUUCAGCCACAAAUCUCCGCGUGGCGUGCUGCAGGCAUCAUUCCCGUCUUUUCCAACGGGAACAGCGGCAGCACUUGCGGCACUGUCGGGAGCCCUGGCAUGUCUGCGGACGUGAUUGGGGUCGGUGCCACGGACGCCGCGGACGGUCUCGCGUCCUUUAGCUCCCGUGGCCCGACGUAUGACAGUCGGAUCAAGCCGGAUGUGUCGGCCCCAGGGGUCAGUAUUCAGUCGAUCGACUAUUUAUCGGACACCGGGUACGUUCUCAAGUCUGGCACGUCGAUGGCCGCGCCGCACGUCACGGGCGCCGUGGCCCUCUACUUGUCAGCGAACCCCGGUGCUUCGUACGCCCAAGUGUAUGCAGCCUUGACGGGCAACACCGACAAAGGAUCGUUGACUGUUGCCAACCAAAAUUGUGGCGGCGUGUCGGAUUCCCAGUACCCAAACAACAAUUACGGCUACGGUCGCCUUAACAUUGAUCGAGCCCUCACUGCCCCGACCCCUGCGCCGACCCCAGCACCGACCCCAGCACCUACUCCUGCGCCGACCCCAGCACCUACACCUGCCCCAACCCCAGCACCUACACCUGCGCCGACCCCAGCACCUACACCUGCCCCAACCCCAGCGCCGACCCCAGCACCGACCCCAGCACCUACACCUGCCCCGACCCCUGCACCCACUCGGUCGCCCACACCUGCGCCGACCCCAGCGCCUACACCUGCCCCAACUCCUGCGCCAACCCCGUCGCCCACUCCAGUUCGGAAAACGACUACCACGAAACGACCAAAGAAUUAA